AAAUAGAGAUAUAUUCAUAUUCCACUGUUUCUAGGUUUUUGGAUAGUUGGUGUGCAGUUUUUGUCGUUUUGAUGCACUCUGAACCUAUCAGAGAUUGUUAUAUUGCCAGAGAAUACUAUCCAUUAUUCUAACCCAUAUAGUAUCCCCCACCUGCCAAAUAAUGCAGAAUAUCUCCUAUUUAAAGGAAGGAUCGAAUUGUACACUUCAAUAGGGAUACAAAGUGAUUCACAACUAUACAUAAUACUUGCUGUUUGAGUUGGUUGAUGAAAGUGAAAUGCUUUGGUUCCCAACUCAUUAGGAUGAAUAGAAUUACUCACUAAUAGUGAUAUCAGUAUUGUUGAUGAUAAAGCUAAAAUCCAUAAGAAUGGACUCUAUGGGAAUGAGCAGUUGGCCAAUAUCAAGCUGUGAGACAUAUCUGGCUGAUUUGUUGGAGGCAACAAUCAAACUAUUACUUUUCAGAUAUAUAGAUAUAUGUAUAUAGAUGGAAGAUAGACAUUGAUAUCUAUCUAUCUAUCUAUCUAUCUUCUUGAAUACCUUACUGAAGUUGUACUUACAAGAUAUCGUGAAUGAGAUGUAGACAUUCGAAUUCAAGGAGAUCGGACGGUCAUUCGCAUCUGUCAGUACCCAAUCAAUGGAAUCCAGGUUCGAUUGUUCAAUCACAUCGAUCAAUAGGUUGUCCCAGGUGGUCAUGUUGUUCAGUCCCAUCGAUACAUGAAUCAGGUUAUCGAUCAGCGGACUCUUCAGACCGAAUGUUUGAGCAUUGA